AUGUUACAAUUUGAAUUAGAAGAUGCAGGAUGUACCAGUGCAGCCACACUCCAGCAGGACUGGGAGUGCACAGCUGUGCCAGUUAUAGCCAUUCUGCUCAAAAGGUACUUCUACGUGACUCUGCUGCGAGAACCAGUUUCAAGAUACCUCUCUGAGUUCAAACAUGUCCAGCGAGGUGCAACAUGGAAAGCAUCACGACAUUGGUGUGCUGGGCAUGAAGCCACUUCAGCGGAACUCCCACCCUGCUAUGAAGGGGAAGACUGGUCUGAUGUCCCUCUGGAGGAAUUUCUUUCCUGUCCUUACAACCUCGCCAACAACCGUCAGACCCGCAUGUUGGCUGACUUGAGUCUUGUUGGGUGUUAUAAUCUGUCCCGCAUGCCUGCACCGCAGCGGGAUGCCAUGAUGCUGGCCAGUGCCAAGCAGAAUCUGGAACACAUGGCCUCUUUUGGCAUCACUGCCACCCAGAAAAAGAACCAAUACAUCUUUGAAGAGACAUUUAACUUAAGGUUUGAUGUCCCAUUUGAGCAGUAUGAAAAGAAUUCAACAUACUCUGGGAUGACAGAACACCAGCUUGAUGAUGAGAUUCUGAACUCCAUUCGCUGCAUCAACCACCUUGAUGUGGAACUCUACAAGUUUGCAGCACAGCUCCUGGAGCAGCGAUUCCGUGUUCUAAGCACACAUGAUGCUCAAUUUGAGGAACAUUUCAAUAGCCUUGGCUCUCCCUUGCUCUGA